AUGGCUCGUAUUCAACAUGUUUACACUCAAUUCUGUACAAUCAUAUCGCUCAUUUUCCAUGUCUCUGGUCUCUCGCUCAGUACUGGCCCUGUACAUGGCUCCUUGAUUAGGAAAAUCAAUGAUGCAAAGCUCGCAUUGCGCCCAAGCAGCAUCCCCUUAUCUUCCAGCCUUGCUCUGCUCAUGAAAUUGCGUGGUGGUGCCAAGUCUAAGAACCAUACAAAUCAUAACCAGAACCGUAAGGCUCAUCGCAACGGAAUCAAACGCGUGAAGACGCAUAGAUUCGAAUCGACAAAAGGCCGCAGUCUGAAGCUGUGGAGAAAUGACAAGUACUCACGCAGAGGGUCUAUGCGUGUGCAUCGCAAGAAUAUCUUGCCAAAGAAGAUAGCAAUCAGGGAGGCAAGGCUGGAACAAAUCGCUUCCACCGUCCUGUCACCAGUGAAGAAGAUGGGCUCGGAGACGGAGUCCGGGAACUCCAACAAAGACGAAAUGGAGACUGAAGCCCAAAACACAGAUGAGGCUGUUGGAGACGAUGGAAUGCAUGACGGAACGGCUGAAGCGUAA